AUGCAAAACUUUCAAUUCGAUUUGAAUCGCAUCAAGAACUUUGAUUGGUUUGUGGAAUUAAAUGAAAUGAUCUAGGAGAUAUUAUUAACAGAUGCGAAUUAUAAUUAUGUUAUUCCCAGAAAUUAUUUUCUUGCGUUAGAAGAGAAAACUAAAACAAAGAAUAACGGAAGAAGAAAGACGAAUGACAGCGGCGACGACGAAGUGCAAUGUGGCACAACCAGGCAUGGACAAUGGUCACUAUGCGAUUGGCGUUGGCACUCAUUUGCUCGUUAUUCUUCAGUUUCCUAUCCUAUUCUUCAAGUUAUAAUGCCAAUAAAUAAUGGUUAUGAACUAAUGGAAGAAUAUCGUUAA